GACGCUGCGUGUGGUUGGCUGCGUGCCGGGGGCGGAGCCGGUGCCCUGGUUCCGUGCUGGCUGGUCGUGUCGGGCGCCUACCUCAUCGAGAGGUUUAUUUAUGCAUGGUGUCGUGCAAAGUACAUUCUUGGAACUGUUUCUGGUCGAAUUUGCACGCCUGAAGUCUUCGCGCUGGUGUGGAGGAUAGGUUAUUUAGAAAAAUGAAGUACGUUCCCAGCACUCCGGAGCGCGCUGAAUCUUCGGGCUAUGGGCUGAAACUAGGGAUCGUCCGACUUGGCAGAGCCGCGGGAAAGAUCAAGUACGCGCUGCUGGACGAGCGCGACAUCAGCCUGGUGCAGCAGUACGUGUUCGAGGCGCGCCUGGAGAUCGACCGCAACGGCAACGGCGCCAGCAUCUUCGCCUGGUGCUACGACAUCAGCCGGGGCCGGAGCUCCGGCCAGUACGUCCACGCCAUGCUCUGGGAGCGCUACUGCGGCGGCGUGGCGCCCGGCUGGAGGGUGGCGCACCACAACGGCAUCACGGUCGAUAACCGGCUGGAGAACCUGCAGCUGGUGCGCGACCAGGCGCGGCUGCCGGCCGGCCGAGCCCAGCAGCCGGCCGGCAAGUCAACCUUGGCACGACCACCGCUUGACAACACCAUCUACUGGCGCGCCAUGCAACAACUGCCUGCCGACGUCACCGAGCACCCGCCCUCCUGCCCUCUGGUGGCCACGCUCGACGGCAAUGGCGACUCGGCCGAGGAGGAGUGCAUCUACUACGAGUGCAAGAACCCGCCGUGCACGCGCAUCGAGCGGGAGGUGCGCGAGUUCAGCAUCUGCGGGCCGCUGUCAGACGGCGCGCCUAACUGCGGCACCAUCUGCCAGCAGCGCGACUGGCCGGCCCAUAAAAAGUUCUGUCGCGAACGCAAGCGCUACGUGCUGGGCGAGCGACCCCCGGAGCGCUUAGGCCUGGCCAACUACGCCGUUCCGCCACUACAUAACACCGUUUGUGCCGCUCGCCGUGCGACCGACGCGCGGCCCUGCGCAACCAUCAGAUCUCAAGGCUUCAUCACCGCCAUCUAG